UUUUGCGACGAUAAUUCUCUAUUUGAUGUCUCAACACGUAACCUGUGCGUAACCUAAAAGCCACCUAAAAACUGCUCUGUGGAUGUGGAUCUGCUUCGCUCUGUCUUUCCGUGUGGAAUCAUUUCGACGUUUGCACGUGUUUUUAUUGUUUUAAGGAAAAAUUAGUCUAUAAUGGCACCGAAAGGUAAUAAUAUGAUUCCGAAUGGCCAUUUCCAUAAAGAUUGGCAAAGGUUUGUAAAAACUUGGUUUAAUCAACCCGCUAGAAAAAUUAGAAGACACCAGAACCGCAUCAAAAAAGCUAGGUCUAUUGCUCCUAGACCUGCUGCUGGUCCUCUUCGACCUGUAGUAAGAUGCCCCACGAUUAGGUAUCAUACAAAGGUACGUGCUGGACGCGGAUUUACUUUGCAAGAGUUAAAGUCUGCUGGAAUUAACCGAAGAUUUGCACGCACUAUUGGAAUUUCUGUAGAUCCUCGUAGAAGGAACAAGUCUAUAGAAUCCAUUCAAAUUAAUGCUCAAAGAUUGAAAGAAUAUAGAGCGAAGUUAGUUUUAUUCCCUGCUAAUAUCAAAAAGAAGUUGGCAGCUGGUGAAGCUACAGAAGAAGAAAGGAAGAAUGUUACUCAAUUGUUUGGAGAAGUGUUUCCAGUUAAACAGCCUACAAUUAGGAGCAAAGCAAGAGUACCUACUGAGGAAGAGAAAGGAUUUAAUGCAUACAUUACAUUAAGGAAAGCUCGCGCUGACGCAAGAUUAGUGGGUAUAAGAGCCAAACGAGCAAAAGAUGCCGCAGAAAAUCCCGACGAUGUAACCAAGGCGGGUAAGGAGAAAAAAGCCAAGAAGUAAAUAAGGAAUUAGUUCAGAUAAUUGUUUGUAACUUAACUACUUGAAAUAAAAAUUCGUCAGUAGUAUAAA